AUGGAUUUCAUUCCCCUCCCCGACAACGCCAUUGCUCACCAGGAAAUACCUGACCUUGGGGGCCCCGAAUUCGACCAUCAAGGCUUUCACGGCUAUGACCAGCGACAAGGCUGGAACGUGACUGCCCUUCGAAACGGCAACAUUCGCGCCGCCUGCACCAACUGGUUGCCGUGGGCCAACUCUGUUUACCGCGCAGCCCGAACACCAGGCCCGCCCGCGUCUAUCAACAAGGUCGUGGGCACUGUGGCCGCAGCGUUUGUGCAGACAUGGAUACUGCUCGGGAUAUUGCAGGAGGCGCUGAGGCGGCCAGUGUUCCGCCACGAGAUCUCGCGAACCGUGACGAGCGUGGAUUCUGAGGGCGAGACAGUCUCGACAUACCACAUCACCGUGCGGCGUGUCUUCGCCGAGUUCUUAAACAAGGGGCACGAACUAGAGGCGGACCCUGCCUGGGCCGAUCGACUUUACCACAGUCUACGCGAGGCGGCCGAAAUUCUGCGUGACCUUGAAUUACUGCAUGAACCCUUCGCCAGCACCAUCGGCCCCGUCCAUGUGCAUUUGGCGUUGUCGGCACUUGUCAGAGCCUUGGACCAGCACAGGAUGAUUUUCUGCCGCAAGCAAAUGGACUCUACCGACUUGAUGGGCAUUUCCCCGACCAAUUGCCGACGAUUUGAGUCCAUUCUACGCAAUAGCCAGGGGUGGUGUCCCAGCAUGCUGCGUCGCGUGUUCGAGACCUUGGAACUCCAGGGUUUGUACUUUGCUAGUCUUAUGCCCGGGUUCGGAGCAGGACAGGUUCAUAACAACUGUCGCUUUGACGUCUGCAUCGCAUCGAAUAUUGACCAUGGAGACUACAAGGUCGAGCAUGCUCCUCUACUGUGCCAAUGCAAGAGAGAAGGAUGUGACCAUAUGGUAUCUACGUGCGCUUGUCCUCACGUUGAAGUGGAAGGGAGUGAGCUGGCCACGGCACUUGCUGGUACUGGAUUUCCUCUGGUGAAAUUUCAAAAAAAUACAAUCGAGGUCUCCCGAUUUGAGCCUGGGACUCCAUAUGUCGCUAUCAGCCAUAUGCAAGCAAUUCAGAAGUACGUACGGGAUUUGACCGGUGCUGAAAACAUAUUAUUUUGGAUGGACACCCUCUGCGUUCCGCUCCAGGAACCAUUGAGGAAUACUGCUAUCAUACGCAUGGCGGAAGUGUAUCGUUCAGCGACUCAUGUACUGGUGUUGGCAAAAGAUAUGCUCGGGGUCAACCUCCCAUCCACUCCCACAGAGGCCUUGUGCCGCAUAUUCUGUAGCCAGUGGGCCUCAAGGCUAUGGACCAUGCAAGAAGCGGCCCUGGCGAAAGAACUGGUGUUUCAGUUUGCAGACAAUGUCGUUGCUCAUGACACUCUGUCACGGAGCAUGACCGAUACUUAUCUCAGCAUGAAUGAACAGACUCACUAUUUUGGCGUGAAAGCGGACCAAUCUCUUCGCCAGUUUCGGAACAUCCAACAAGGAACCAGCUCGAAAGAGGGCAACGUUCCAAUCAGAAAAGAUGCAGAAAUUCUGGUCAUGCCAACAAACAGUCCCGAGCAGUAUUAUAUGGCUGCCGGGCCUCGCUUGAGAAUCGAUGGACUGCGUUGGGCCCCCAGCAACCUGCUGGAUCCGGAAACUGCUGCCCUCCCACCCGACCCUGUUGCAGAAACUGCGACACCAACCGGUGCUGGGCUUCUUACUGCCGGCAUUGAUGCAGUGAUUCUGCAGAAUGUCCCACUGCCAGAUGACGAAGCUACUGUCCUUCGAUUUGAACUUCCCGGGACAGGACAACAAUACUUCUGCUUCAAAUUCAUAAGCGAAAGCCCCGAGAAGUGGCCAGAGAUACGGCACCUUUGGAACGGCAUAUGUGUGUUGCUUCUGGCUCCAUUCCACCACAGUCGUUCCCGUACGGUGGGCGCGCUAGUGCUGCCCACAGGCCCCCUGGCCGAUUACCCCCCUUGUGGUGAAGGCGAAGUGAAAACAAUUCCCGCUCGAUACCUUGCGAGGGUCAACAUCAUUGCAGAGUUGGAACCCUCUGAGGAUGGCAGGGUUCGCACGAAUGAUGGCUGUGAUGCCCUGCGGAAUGCCAUACGGCUCCAAAUGGUUGAAGUCCUGGACGUUGCUGACUCAAAGAGCGUUGAUGUUAGAUGCCAGUGGUGUAUAGCUUGA